UGGUCUACCUGUGUUUCUGGUGCCUGAGCUGUCUCUGAUACCUGGUUUCUCGUACCUGUGCUGUUGGACUGAGUGAAUCAUGGUGGCCGAGGUCUUGAAGUGCCUGUGGAAAUAUCGGAAUUACCUCAUCAUUUUCCUCACCCCCCUGCUCAUCCUGCCCCUACCACUCGCCAUCAACACCCCGCAAGCAAAGUGUGGUUUUGUGAUUAUCCUGAUGGCUCUGUACUGGUGCACAGAGUGUAUCCCACUGGCGGUCACAGCCCUGCUGCCAGUCAUCCUCUUCCCCAUGAUGGGCAUCAUGGAGUCAGGAGAGGUGUGUGUGCAGUACCUGAAGGACUCGAACAUGCUGUUUAUUGGGGGUCUGCUGGUGGCCAUUGCAGUGGAGCACUGGAACCUGCACAAGCGCAUCGCUCUGAGAGUGCUGCUCAUCGUGGGAGUGAAACCUGCACUGUUAAUGAUGGGCUUCAUGGGCACCACAGCCUUCCUCUCCAUGUGGAUCAGCAACACCGCCUCCACAGCCAUGAUGCUGCCCAUCGCCCAGGCCGUGCUCAAUCAGCUGAGCCGCACCGAGGAGGCCCAGGACCGGGAGCAGCAGGAGGCCGCCGGCGUCGAUAACGAGGCCUUCCACAUGAGCGACAUGAAGGAGGGUCCCACCAAGGAGCCUGUGGGGGAUGAGGAAUGGGGCAGUGCAACGAUGGAGGAGCGGAGGCUGAGGCGGGAGCAGAAGUACCUGAAGCUGACGAAGGGGAUGAGUCUGAGCGUGUGCUACGCUGCCAGCAUCGGGGGCACUGCCACCCUCACGGGCACCACCCCCAACCUCAUCCUGAAGGGCCAGGUGGAUGAGCUAUUUCCAAAAAAUGGCGGUAUAAUAAACUUUGCCAGCUGGUUUGGGUUCUCUUUCCCAAAUAUGCUGCUGAUGUUGGUCCUCUCUUGGUUCUGGCUGCAGUUCAUGUUUCUGGGACUGAACUUUAAGAAGACAUUUGGCUGCGGCUCCAAGAACAAAGCGGACAAGGAGGCCUACCAGGUGAUGAAGAAUGAGUACAAAAGCCUGGGCACCAUCAGCUUUGCUGAAGGUUCCGUCCUCGUCAUCUUCGUCCUGCUGGUGGUCCUGUGGUUCACCCGGGAGCCAGGAUUCAUGCCCGGCUGGGCCACCGUACUUUUCAACCAGGAUCAAACGUUUGUGACUGACGGCACGGUGGCCAUCUUCAUGUCCACUCUGUUCUUCCUGUUUCCUGCACGGUUGCCGAGCUGUUCCCGAGGCAACGGGCAGGAGAAUUGGAAGGCGCCACCUACGCUGCUGAACUGGGACGUGGUCCAUGAGAAGAUGCCCUGGAACAUCAUUCUCCUGCUGGGGGGUGGCUUUGCCCUGGCACGGGGCAGUGAGACGUCAGGGCUCUCUCAGUGGUUGGGGGACAGCCUGUCUCCGCUGAAAGAGAUCCCUCCUUUUGCCAUCUCUCUGCUGCUCUGCAUGCUGGUGGGAACCUUCACAGAGUGCUCCAGUAACACAGCCACCACCACACUAUUCCUACCCAUCCUCGCGUCUAUGGCCACUGCUAUAGAGCUGCACCCGCUCUACGUCAUGCUGCCCUGCACCAUCUGCGCCUCGCUGGCCUUCAUGCUCCCCGUGGCCACGCCGCCCAACGCCAUCGCCUUCUCCUACGGCAACCUGAAGGUCAUGGACAUGGCCAAGGCGGGCCUGAUGCUGAACGUCAUCGGAGUUCUGUCCAUCAACUUCGCCAUCAACACCUGGGGAAUGGCCAUGUUCGAACUGAACAGCUUCCCUCCGUGGGCUAACGUCACACACACAAAACCCUGAGAGAGAGAGAGAGAG